AUGUAUAGAUAUGGUGUUGAAUGUCUAUUUCGAUUUUAUACAUAUGGUCUAGAAAAACAUUUUCGUCAACAUGUAUUUGAAGAUUUUCAACAAGAAACUCUUUGUGAUCAUGAAGCUGACUUUCGUGUUGAUGGUGCAUCAUUUCCACGACAAUUUUUUCCAACAAAAUCAAGAAUUAUAACUGUUCCAGCACUCGAAGCAAUUGCUGCUGCAGUAGCAAAGAACAGUGAUACAUCAAAUUCAUUAAAACUCAAUGGUGAACAAUAUCUGAACGGUGCUAAACUUUAUGCACGUUUUGUUUUUCUUUUAUUUUGUCUAAAAUAA